GCGUACCAGGCUUGAGGGUUUUCGGGGCUGCUGGAACGCCUGAGACGUCAGUACGGCCGGCGCUCUUGUACGAAGCGGUCGUGACGUCGCGACGCUCGGUAGUUUAGUACGCGUCCCACGUAUCGUUCAAUGAGAAUUGACAUUAGCGAGUUUCGUGUCUCCUCGUUUCGUCAUUUUCAAUUUACAUUAAGCGCCAGGGCAAGUGUUGCUCGUAUUAAUCCUAAAUUUCUUGCUUUUGCAUUGAAAGUAGGACUUGUAUCGUUAAAUUGAGAUGAAUGGAUCUUUGAAAGUGGAUACUCUUAAUUACAGCCCACGAGUCAGGACACCAUGAACGAAAUUUACCAAAGAAGCAAGUCGAACGAUUAAAAAAGGAAUUUUCAAAAUCAAGUACUGCCAGCAAUCAAAACAAUUAAAACACCCGUAGUCAAACCAAAGAAACCGCCAAAGACAGAAAAAUUAAAAAGCCAAAAAAUCGAUCUGAAUAAUUAAUGAGAAACAUAAAAAAUUGUCAGGACGGGUCUCCGUGAAAGAGACGAAAAAAAAAACCCAAAAAAUCUAAAAAUCCAUAGUUCGGUAUUCAUAAGCGCGCGAGUGUGAGCCAUGACGCAAUUGGUUCCUCGCGGGAAGUGACUGGGAGUGCAGCGUCCGAAGAACGGGGAAGUGUGUUUUCAAAUUGCGGGCAUCAGGGCCCGUGUGAUGGUCUCGGGGUGGUGCCCGUGCGUGCCGCUAGGGCGCCGGGAGUCGCCGCCCCCGCAAGCCCCAAAUCUCAACAAUUCCGGUGGUCCAUUUACCGUAAGUGCCGCGACGGAUCACGCCGAGAUGGUCCAGAUGUUCUACUACGAGAACCGUGGCAAGUGCUGCAAGAAACUUCUCCGCUACAACGGAUAUCCGAACAAGGUACUUCUGUUUCCGGAGGAGGGCUGGGCGAGAAGCGCGAGUAGUUCCUACUGGACGUUGACGCCGUUUUGGUGGAGUCGGAGUCGAUGCAAAGUCGUGGAGGUCGCUGGAACCAGAAGGUACAGCACCCAGGCCAAGAUGGUCGACACCGGUACCGGGACUCUCUACAUUAUCGGAUCGUUCAAAAGAAUGACAACGGAUCCCGACUUUAAGCUGUACCUGACCUCAAACGUGUCCUCGAGCGACUUCAAUAUGGGCUACAGCAUGACAGGCACCCUGGAGCGCGGCUGCAAGAAGACUAACACCUUCCAAAUGACGCACUUCGCGGUUAUCCGACGACGCGACUACGAGAAGGCCUACGAGGAUCCUAAUCCCACCUAGUGCCCGUCCACACCCACACUUUCGGAGUGCGGGGAUUGCGAACAUUACACGUAGGAUGCCCAAAAGAGUGGAGACGCAUGAGGGUUGGAUGUGCGCAUGCGUUAGAAUCAACAUGGCGUCCGUGCGUUAGUUUCACAACAGGCUGUAUCGUCCUGGAAGAAGCGGUACAGAUAAAAGCUACAAGAUAAAAGAUACAAGGAUACGCGUUGCUAAAUUCAUAUUUGUAGAUACAAAAAAACGUAGGCGCGAAGAGUUUGUUAAAUUUCGUUAAGCCGUAACGUCGUCGUGAAGUUCGGAGGUGACGAAUCCGAGACCAGUGGCUACAUGUUAUUUUGCAGUUUCGAUUUUAAUGCAUUUAAACGUAACUCAACUUUCAUGUAAGGUAUGACAUAUUUUUUUUUUAGCAAAAAAGAGCCUCGGCUUUAUUAAAAACACGUGACAUAUGGCAUCGACUGCCGAAGAAUCAAUUUCGAAGAAGUGAAACGAGUGGGCAUCCCACGAAUCGAGCCAAACGUCCAAAUGGUUAGUCCAUGUAAUAUUAGAUCGAAUUAUAAUUAGUCUGUAAAUCGAAAAGGGAUGAGAACAGCCAGCGUACACAGGCACACAGUGAGACAGACAUAUAUAUGUAUGUAUGAGAGUGACACGAACCAUAACCUAAGCGAACUAAACGAACGUGAUCGAAUCUUUACCAAAGUACUAGCUCGUAAGUUUUCUCUUGGCGAAUUCGUCGGUUACGUGCAUCCCCGUCGUAUCCUAUUGCGCAUGCGCAACGCCUGGGUACACGAAACGACCGCUGGUGGCGCCCUAGAAAGCGUUCAAGAGUUAUUUGCUUCCUUCGCGGCUCCGAGCCCUAGUGUUACUUUCUGCCGUAUAUAUAUAUAAUCGACUAAAAGUGUAAAAAGGGAAUGCGAAAGAAGUAUUUACGUAAAUAUUAAUACGGCGGGAAGCUGUGUAUCCGGGAGUAAACUUCUUGUCGAUUCCGCGCACAGUCUCACGGAACAGUCACGCCAUGUUGGCACGGGAGACCUCACGCACGGGAUCAUCGUAUAUUUAGGGCAACGUUAACACGAUAUUUAUUUUUGCUAACGAGUAGAAACUCAAGCGUGCCGCGACGAUGAAUCCCAGUUUGUAAUACGAUUGUGGUGUUGUUGUUCGGUCGUUCGCUUUGGCUCUUGGGACGAGCGGUACUAUGACGCAACGAUACUGGCGUAUCGAAGCAUCCCGACGUCCUUCGUACCGUUGAAGCGUACCCUCUGGAAUUUUCACGUGAGUAAUAAUGAAAAUAAACAUAAAAAUACAAAGUUUGAUGCCGUAAUGGGAAAUUAGUUGGACGCACGUGUGUCGUAAUGGGUAGUGCCGAAGCUUCUGUAUUUUCGAAAUUACAGUGGGCUCGCUUCUUUAACGGUUCUAUAUGUGUAUUUAUAUGGUGUUCCGAUAAUCCUCGACCUUGUCAGAAUUCAUAAUUAAGCUUUGCUCAAGUCGCUAUGUACGAUUGUGAAAACGACUACAGCGCCGUAAACAAUGUGCGAAGGUUGUGCGAAUUACUUACGCGUCCUCUUGGAUGUUAUUUUUACGUAAACACGAGAAAGAUUAUUUCUGUUGAAUUUAUUUAUUUAUUUUUUGAGUACACGACUACGACUAUACUCAAUGCCAAAGCGUGUCGUUAAUUAAAUAUGUCAGUUAGUAAGGAGAAGUAAUAUAGGAUUCUCGGAAUUUAAUUAUAAACGGAACAAAGGUAAUUGCUACCUAUGAAUUCUUCCAGUCGCCACUUUAUUUUUCCAUGCGUACACGUGAAAGUAAUUUUGAUUUUUUUAAAUUAUUAUUAACUUUAUUUAUGCCACUGACACUUUCAACGGGUUUUAUCAAAAGGAAAGUAAAGGGAGGAGGAGGUAGGUCGGCCGAGAAGUUUUUUUUAUGUCGUCAUACUCAAUCCGGAUUAAAAUUAAAAAUAAUAAGAUAUAUAUAUAUAUACAUUUCUCAGACAUAAGGCUUCUCGGCCAGUUCACAAAGUACGAAAUUUGCAUGGUUAACCUUUAGAGGACGAGAUGAUUUUGUUUUGUUCAAUUACCACAGUUUUUGACUUGAAGCUUUAAUACCUAUGCUGGAGUUAUACCGUAGGGAAAAUAUGAAACCGACCUAGAGCCAAAAAAUCGGCUUUCCGUCUUCUAGCGGUUAAUUACGAAUUACAUAUAAAUACGUGUAUUGGUAUCGUUAUUAAUUAAUACUUAAAGAAAUAACAUUUUGCGAAUUCCUUGAUGUUUAGAAGGUUUAGUCUUUACGUAGAAGGUAUCGCUUAUUUCAUAAGUGACGUUAUCCUAUUAUCCUCUAACUAGUCCAUGGGUAUUUACCUGUAGAGAAUAGAUUGGGCCACGUAGAAAAUGCGCACGGCUAAGCUUGGUACGUUGAGAAGCAGCAUCAAGAGUAAUUGCCAAAAAAAAAGCACCAAAGAAAGAGAAAAAUUUUUAAACUGCGUUUCGAUUAUAUUUUGAUAUUUUUUCUUCCCUUUUUGUUCUCAUCAAAACGAGUCGUCGAUAUUUUUCAUUUGACUACACUGUCGAAAAUUGCUGGAAGUGUCCGCCAAAGGAUUUAAAAAGUAUAAAGAAGAUAUCGGAAGUGUCUUAUUUCACGGUUUUUUUUUUCUAGAGAAAAUAUUUGUCAAAAUUUAUAACGGUGAGACUUUUUUGGAAUUUAAAGUUUUCUCAAAUAUGACAUUUGAUUAUAGGUGGUUUGAAAGAAAUUUUUUUUUUUUUAAUCAAUUAUUAAGAAUAAUUGAUGCUUUGGCGAUUUUUACACAUUUCACUAUUGUAAUUUGAUUUUUGAAAAAUGGCGGCUCGUUUCCUAUUGUUGUAUCGACGCACCUGAAAUACGUAACUGGUUGAUAAUUAGCGCUUCGAUUCUCAUGCUACUAGACGAUACGUAGAGGGUGACCCCUAUAGUUGCGAAUUUUAACUGUACUCGUUUUAGAGAAUCGUCUAAGGUACGAGAGAAAUAGUCAAAGAAAUCGUGUCCUGACUUUUCUGAUAGUUUUUAACAUCCUAGGAUGGUUUAAGCGAAGUACGUCCGAUAUCACGGUCCCUCCUAACUAAUUAGCCGUAGCCCAGACCCCAACGUUGCACGCUUCCUUCGAAUCUCUUACCGUCAUCGACUAUUCUCAGCUGCACGCGGGUCUACUAGUCUUUUUUCAUAAGCAUAUUGUCAAUUUGAUCGGAGUUCAUUAUUCGAAAAAAAAAAAAAAAAAAAAAAUUCACACAAUUUUCUGAACUCACGGUGUACCGAGGUAUCUGUAGUAUUAUAAUUAGUCUUUGGUAAUAAUUUUUUUUUUCCAUUAAUCAACACUCCAAAAUUCACGAUAAAUGUCUCGGAUAAAAUUGACAAACGAAAAUUAUUCUAUCCUCGAAGUGUAUAGUGUGGUGCUAGAGUAUAGGUCGUAGGUCAUAGUCCUAGAACAAUAGUAACGGUAAUAAAUCGAUGUUUCGAGUCUGUCCAAAAAUUAAUUGUAUCGCGUAGACAAAUUUUCAAAAUUUUUCAAAUUACGUUCUUGCCAAAUUGAGAAUUGACAAUCUUUGCCGCUCUUAUUUAAUCGUAAAUUUUAUCUUUUUUUGUAAGCGGCCAAGAUCUUCAAGUGGCAAUUUUUGGUAGCUCAUAUUUAAAAAACGGUUUUUCUCCUUGUCUCGCAUUGCAACGAAUUUUGGAUAGAGUUCAGACGGAUAUGACAGUCGCUUCUGAUAAAAUGACAACGAUUGACAAAAAUUUUUUUUUUAUUUUCCUUAUUACACGGUAUACACCGUCCCAUUAAAUUGUUUACUAUCUAGCGAAUAAGUUGUCAGUACCACAAGAAGAUAUUUUAUAAUUUCUGUUAAAAAAAUUUUUUUUAAGAUAUACUUUUUUUUAAAUUCACCGUCGAUCGAAGAACUGUCAUAUCCAAAACCAAAAUAUUUGACGUAAUCAGUGUCUAGUUAUCUAGAGCGUAGUGAGAACUGAAAUUAUCCUUAUGAUUAAACUAACAUUAUAAUUGUACUGGUCUUAAAAUACGAACUGAAAAUUCGUAUUCAAAGCUAUGGCUGUGAUCCUUAUUAAUCAUAAAACGUUUAAUAUUGUAUUCAGCAUUGUACGUAGAUUAUAAAGUAUAAAUAUAUAUAUAUAUAUAUACAUACACACCCACGUAUAAAACAUAAUUAUAUAUACGCGCGUUUGUAUUAGUCGUAAAUAAUUUAUAUUUAAAAAAAUUGUUAACCUUGUUUUUUUUACUUUCAACAAAAAUUCGCACGUCCCACUACGUUGUAUUCUCAGUGUUAUCACCUCGUCCAAGGAAUCUUACGGAGAGCCGUAAGGGGUCGUGUGGGUUAUGUUUUUUGAGAAUUAGGUAUGUAAUAUGUAAUUCGAAAAGAUUGCCAAGAUUUUCGUGUAAUCGCGUCUUUACAAAUAACGUGUGUCUGCCGAGAAUUUCCGUUUACUGCAAAAAAGAAAAUCUCCGAUCCUCCCUUCGACCCCGUUCAAAGAAAGGACAGAUUUAUUCUGUUCGAAUAAAUAAUCGAAAAUCAAAGUAUCGCGACUACCGAACACUUCGCUUGGAAUCAAAGUUGUAAAUAAUUGAUAAGUAUAAAAAUAAAAGAAAAAAACAAGAAUGACAGUGCGUACACAAAAUACAAGUUAAAUUUAAUUAGUCAAUAGGCUUCGAUUACUACAGUAAUGCUAUUGUAUCAGAGUGCAUCCGUGGUGCAUCCAAGGGACGGGGUGUCUGAUAAUAUUUUUCUUACGUAAAAAAAUUUUAUUUUCUAUAAAAAGAAAUUUCUCAGUAUUAUCGCGCAUCGAUUUAAAUUUUUUUAACAUAAAUUUUCAAAAUUCACUUUUUUGCGAUACCGGGUCAAUGAGUGGGGAAAUUUUUUUUUUUUUCAAAAUUUCUUUCGGACACCCUUUCCCCUUGCGCAUUAAUACACAAUUAACUCUACGCAGUAACGUAACGUGAGGAAGAUAAUCAAUGAAAAAAAAAAAGAAGAAAAAAAAAUUGAUUUAUUAACAAAGAAUAUUCACGGAGCUAAGAACAAAGGGUAGGAACGAACGAACGAGCGACACGCUAAAAAUCUCUAGGUUAUUGGGAAAUAUUAUGUAGAUUAAUAAAUCCCUAUAACAAGAUGCUAUUAGACGAUAACGAAUGAUAAUGACAGUGAAUAAAAAAUUUCGCUCGUCAUUAUCGUACCGUGGUAAACGUUUGCGAACGGGGUGGGCAUGCAAUUUUGAGAGGCCUGCCGAAUUGAUUAAAAAAAAACAAAAAAAAAAGUAAGAAGGAAUGCAUAAACA